CUAUAUGGAAAAAAGAUCUUGAGAAGUAUGCUGAAAUUAUCAACCAACAUCACAUCACCAUCUUCAUGAACCAACACACAAAUUAAGCGCCAUAACUGAUGUUUAGAUCUGAAAAACAGGAUGCACUUUUUGAAAACAGCACACUGUAUAAUUCUGGGUUCAUGAACUGACACAAAGAUUUGCUUGCGCCACACUGGAGAGUCAGUUAAAUAUUUUACUUUGCAUAAAUUAACACACAAGCGUUUUGUGGAUGUACACAGUUACAACUCAGGAGCACAAUGAUAUAAAAGGUACAUGUAUGACAAGAAUUUAGUCAGCGUACUUGUGGAAUGUUAGCACUGAACGAAAAACACUUCCAACUUCGGAAACAGAAAAGCUUUCAAUUGCUGAAGACAAAACUUCCACAAGCACACAUCAGCCAGGGAAAAACGAAAUUAGUGGCAGUGUAAGCUCUUCGUAGGUGAUAGGCAAACAAGUACUACUUUGUGUCAGCUUGUGACGCCGGUGAUGUCAGUGGUUGGUUGUUCCUUUGCCAGCAGACACCAUGGAGCAGUUGGUCCUCGUCGCCUGGGACUAUACAGCAAUCGUUAUCUACAUAGUCCUUGUUCUUCUCAUGGCGGCUUUUUCAAUAUGGGGAACGGACCGAGGUAGUAAGGAGGGCUAUUUCCUUGGAGCUCGCAGCAUGUCCUGGCUUGGGAUUGGAGCAUCGCUGUUUGCAAGCAGCAUGAGCUUUGAGAGGAUUAUCUCCCUAACUGGGGGCGGGGCAGCCACGGGACUAGCAGCAGCGGCCACCGAAAUACUUGCGUUACCUUUUCUGUUGGUACUCGGAUGGGUUUUUGCUCCUGUCUAUAUAACAAGCAAUGUGUACAGUCUUCCCCAGUACAUUCACCGACGGUUCGGCGGUCAACGGAUUCGCAUCUUGUUGGCUAUCAUCUAUCUUGUGAUCUACAUCGGAGUCAGAAUUUCUGUGAAUUUGUACGCUGUCGCUACAUUCCUUCAGUCUAUCUUCCCCAACUGGAGCAUUUAUGUUGUCAUUAUUCCUAUGGUGCUUGUGGUGGCUUUGUACACAGUGCCAGGAGGAUUGGGAGCUGUUAUUUCAACCCAGAUUGUUCAGACAUUUGUGAUCAUUGCUGGCUCAUCUGUCCUUGCUGUUUUUGCGUACAUGGAAGUUGGGGGAUACUCGGGGAUGAAAGAGAGGUACCUCAGCCAAAUGUCCGUCUCCAACGACAGCUUCAUCAAGGUGGGCCAGACCUGCGGCUUCCCCGAGGAGAACGCCUUCUACGUGCUGCGAGAUCCCGGCCAAAGCAACAUGCCCUGGGCAGCUUUUCUGUUUGGCUACAGCAGCAAUGCACUGUGGAUGUGGUGCGCAGACCAGUUGCUUGUUCAGAAGACGAUGUCAGCCAAGAAUCUGUCUCAUGCCCAGGGAGGCUGCAUUUUGGCCGGGUACCUCAAGAUCCUGCCCAUGUUCCUGCUUGUGAUUCCAGGAAUGAUCAGCCGCACCCUUUAUGCCAAUGCUGUAGGCUGUGCAACAGCAAAGCAGUGCCUGGCAGCGUGUGGCAACCCUCGGGGCUGUGCUGGCAUUGCACUGCCAAUGCUCAUCAUGGGACUUCUGCCACAGGGACUGCAUGGCGUCCUGUUGGUCGUGAUGUUGGCUGCUGCGAUGUCCGACUUGUCGUCCGUGUUCAACAGCGCUGCCACAAUCAUCACCAUAGAUAUUGUCGGAGGCGUGAAGAAAUAUUUAAUGAGCCGAUGGUCCAUGGCCGCAGCCAGAACGGCCAUUCUUGUCAUGCUGGUAAUCUCUUUUGCCUGGGUCCCCGCAGUCCACUUUGGCGUUGGAUUGACUGAGGUCUUUACUGGCAUCCUCAAGGUGCAGUUUGGUUUUGCACCGUCAAUUGCCGCUGUGUUUCUCCUGGCCAUCGUUUGGCCGAGAGCCAAUGAAAAGGGAUCUUUCUUUGCCCUGUUGACUGGUGUAGCCUUGGGCAUUGUGCACAUAGCGUGCAGCAUCGCAUUCCCGGAGCCCAGGUGUGGAACCGAGGACAACCGCCCGAUGUUCUUCCAGAAGGUUCACACCUUCUACAUCACUCUGAUCAUUUUUGUCAUCACCAUAAUCGUGGACAUCAUCGUCAGCCUCUGCACGGCUGCACCAGAGGAUGGCCGGCUUGUGCGCACCGUGUUCUGGCGCCGUCACAGCUCCGCUUCAGCUAAAAGCUGUAAAGUGGAGAAGAAGAAGAAAUUACAGACUCCCCACACCGACCCAUUCCAGUUGCUGGUAGAGGAAGAUGCGUAUGAAGAUGAGAUGACUCACUGGAGGAGGAAAUCUAAGAUGCGCCUCUGCUAUGAGUGGGCCUGUGGCUACGCAAGCUACGAUGUCACCCCGAGGCCCAAACGGAGCCGGGAAGCCUUCAGUAUGGCCAAGUACAAGGCAGUAGACAUCCGGCAGAGCCCCUGCACCAAGGUCUUCCUGAACAUCAACCUGGUGAUCGUUCUGCUGGCCGCCAUCACCAUGUUUUCGCUCUUCUCCCUGCCAGCCAACAUCAUGUUGGACAGUGGUCUUUGAGCAUAACUGUUGGGCAGCAUUGCUUUUAGGCUGUCAUAACCGAAACUUGGAUUGGUCGUUUCUCAGCAGUGCAUUUCUCUGGGUCGUUGGAAAGGAAAAUCUCCUAAAACAACCAAACCAAUUCUUGGUUGUGACCACCAAACUGCACCACCAAAAAUGCCUGUUCAACCAUUCAUUGUUCCGAAAAUUGUCUUGGUGCGCAUGAAAAAUUCAGUCAGAAGAUGUAAACUGAAGUAUGGUGAAAAUUCUUAAGAAUAAGACUAAGGGUGUGUCCAGAACCAAAUUUUUUUUGGGGGGAGGUGUCCAACAAAUGUGGAAAUUUCUUUCUCCAACCCAAUUAUGGCUAUUGCCCUUCAGAGGGUCAGGCUGAAUUUGUUGGCUUUUACACGUUUGUAGAGAGAAAGGAGAGAAAGUAACCCUCAAAAAGAUCAUCUUUCAUUAUUUCUUAAAUAAAAAAAUGUGUUUUUUCUGUAGGGUUUCUCUAGCAUUUAAAUGGACCAAUUUCAUGGUGCAUGUGAGCAUUAGAAUUCACCAAAGGUUCUGCUCAACAAAAAUACACAAGGUCACAUGAGAGCUUUAGUUCUUUUGAAUCUUUCUUUACCCUUUUUCAAUUGAAUGGCUGGAAAAUUCGAUCAGUGGAUUGUGGUCGACAAUCAUCAGGGCUAUAGGCACCUCUUUUUUAGUAAAUUGACCACUCAGAAUUCGGUGAAGUCAGAAUUACCUAAUGUUAUAAUGUUUAAGCUAUCAAAAUGGUGAAAAAAUGACUUGAAGACAAGUUUUGGAGAUUGUGUAUGAGCCAUGUUAAUUUUCAUCAUAUGCUGGUUUUUGCUUUUGUUGUACUUUUGUGUUAAUCUGUUGGUAGUUCAGGGGCCCAUUUCAUAGAGCUGCUUCAGCACAAAAUUUGCUUAAGGGCAAAAAAACCUUGCUUAAAAAACAAAGGUUACCA